GACCAUAUUGUUAAUUUGAUAUUAUAAUAUGGCACAUGUAUCAUCUAUAGUGUAGAUUAAGUCAUCAUCUUAUUAUCUCAAACAUUCCUGUUUGUACAACAAUGACGUAUGCUAUACUGGCUACUUCCGGACGGAAUCUAAUUACAAUUGAGAAAGAGGGCAGAGCUCGAGCUGCUAAUUCUAUGUCCUUUGUUGUAUUAUAUAAACGUCUUGUCCGUAGUGAUAUUGUCUAUAUAAAUCACGCAGGUAUUUUUGCCUGUGGCACGUCCGAUAUAGCUAAUUCUGGAAAGGACCCGAGAUAAACGCAAGGCACAGUGCAGACGGCAGAUUGCUGCUUUCUUAUCUAUCUAGUAGGACGAAGAUGUCUGACAAAAGCGACCUGAAAGCUGAGCUAGAGCGAAAGAAACAGAGGCUAGCUCAAAUACGAGAGGAGAAGAAGAGAAAGGAGGAGGAGAGGAAAAAGAAAGAGUCUGAGAGUCUGCAGCAGAAAACAGAGAAUGUCUCUGAAGAUUCUGACUUGGACCGCAAACGAAGAGAGACGGAGGCGCUGCUGCAGAGUAUUGGGAUCUCACCAGAACCACCAUUAGUGAGCACCACCAGUGAUGCUGGCAGCCAGGAGUCCGUAGAUGGGGGGACAGUGGGAAGAUAUAGGACCCUGCAGUGGGACACGGACCCCUCUGCUCUCCAGCUGCAGGCAGACUCUGAGCUGGGGCGCAGGAUGCACAGACUUGGAGCGUCAAAAAUAGUACAGAUUGACUUCGUUCCCAAAGAGCUUGUGACCUACACUAAAGAGACCCAGACUCCUUCAGCAGCACAUCAAUCUGAAGAAGAAGAAGAGGAUGAGGAGAGCAGUGAGCUUAAAGCUUCCCCUCAGACUGACCAGCCGGAGGAGGAAGGAGAGGCAGAGGACAGUAAAGAGGCCCAUCCCAGAGAGCUGACGGAGGAGGAGAGGGAACAGAUUCUCCACUCAGAGGACUUCCUGGUGUUCUUUGAGCGGUCGGUCUCUGUGGUGGAGCGGGCGCUGGCCGAGGAGGGAGACAUCUUCUUCGACUACAGCGGCCGGGACCUGGAGGACAAAGAAGGGGACAUGCAAGGUGGAUCCAAUCUGUCUUUCAACCGUGUGUUCCAUGACGAUCACUGGUCCAAACAUCGAGUAGUCACCUGCUUAGACUGGUCCCCACAGUACCCUGAACUGAUGGUGGCCUCUUACAACAGCAACGAGGAUGCUCCACACGAGCCUGAUGGGAUAGCGCUGGUGUGGAACAUGAAGUUCAAGAAGACCACUCCAGAGUAUACAUUUCACUGCCAGUCGUCAGUGAUGUCUGUGGGCUUUGCUCAGUUCCAUCCUAACCUGGGUGGGGGAACGUACUCAGGACAGAUUGUGUUGUGGGAUAACCGUAGUCACAGGAGGACCCCCGUCCAGAGGACCCCUCUGUCUGCUGCAGCACACACUCACCCAGUGUACUGUGUGAACGUGGUGGGUACCCAGAACGCCAACAACCUGAUAACAGUGUCUACUGAUGGGAAGAUGUGCUCCUGGAGUCUAGACAUGCUCUCUCAGCCUCAGGAGAGUAUGGAGCUGGUCUACAAUAAGUCCAAGCCCGUAGCAGUAACAGGAAUGGCCUUCCCUGCCGGAGAUGUUAACAACUACGUAGUGGGAAGCGAGGAAGGGAUGGUGUACUCUGCGUCCCGCCACGGCAGUAAAGCAGGUAUAGCUGAGAUGUUUGAGGGGCACCAGGGCCCAGUGACUGGGAUCAGCUGCCAUAACGCUGUGGGCACUGUGGACUUCUCACACCUCUUCAUCACGUCCUCCUUUGACUGGACUGUAAAACUGUGGUCCAUCAAGCACAACAAGCCACUGUACUCCUUUGAGGAUAAUGCAGACUAUGUCUAUGAUGUCAGUUGGUCCCCUGUGCAUCCGGCUCUCUUUGCCUCCGUGGAUGGGAUGGGUCGUUUGGACCUGUGGAACCUCAACAAUGACACUGAGGUGCCCACAGCGAGUGUGACGAUCGAGGGGGCGUGUGCUCUAAACCGUGUGAGAUGGGCGUCGGGAGGCAGAGAGGUUGCCGUGGGUGACUCGGAGGGCCGUGUCUGGAUCUACGAUGUGGGAGAGCUGGCAGUGCCACACCCUGAGGACUGGAGCCACUUCGCUCGUACCCUAGUUGAGAUCCGUGCCAACCGCGGGGAUGGAGAGGAGGAGGGGGCCGUGGAGCUGCCAGCCUGAAACCUUCUCACCCUCUCAUCAAUGGAUGCAACGUUUCAGGACUGACAGCCUGAUAACAGACAUUUACAGACAACAAACCAUCAUUUACUGACGUAACAACAGCAGUAUGCUUCAGUGAGAUUCAAGUCAUUGGGAUUAGACUGACUCCAAGCUUAUGCUCCAUAGAUCAAAGUAUGAAAUGCCGAUUUGCCCGGGGCAACAACUAUACUUACCAGGGUUAUUUAUUUGUUAUUGGUUAAUUAAACAGUUGAUAUGUAUAUACUUGAUAUCAGAAUCAUAUGGCUUGCAAUGAUAAUGUGC